CGCCAUGUCAAAAGAACGAGUGGUGGAGUUGCCUACGACAUCCCCGAUUUGGACGAACAUGUCAACGCCACGCACUCCGAUCAGUCCGAAACGAAGGAACAAAAUGCCAAGGCUAAUGCGUGCUGGAAAUCGUGAAGAUUAUCCUGUAGAGUUUCUUGACACUGUCGAAAGAAUUGAUGUUAUCUGUCAAAGCCUGAAAAGGCUAGAAAGAUUAGGCAAAGUUUCUUCGAGGGAUGCACAAAGAAGACAAAAGAUCUUUUGUAAAGCUAGUGAAAUGUUCAAAGACUACGGAGACCAGCUACUAUCAUCGACAUCUGCAGCCAUAUUCCAACAAGCCAGCACCAAGUUUUUUGAAAUUGGUGAUCUUUUCGUGAAGGAAGCAGAUGUGUUACAACAGAAGUACACUGCAGCCAUACGCGAAUUUAAUAAGACAGAGAUGAAGACAUUAAAACGUAGUUUCAAAGAUUUGGCAAAAGCCAGGCGACGCUUGAAUAAAGCAAGAAAAAAGGCGAACAACGAUGUCGAUGAGAAUACCAAGGCUGCCCUGGAUGAGGCGCAGAAGAACCAUGACGAAUGUUUUGCUGCAGCCAGAGAAGCAUUGUUGAACUUUAUGAAAUCAACAGCAUUCUUUGGAGAAGCUGCUAACGCUUAUCUCGUCGCUGAGACUGAUUUAUGUGAAAAGAUCCACUUUGAGCUCAGUUCGCUUGGGGUAGUCGCGACAUACACAGCAAAGUCGGAUUAUUGA